GGCGGGACUCCAAACGACGGAAAUGACGUAAUAAUAGCACGUGUGCUCCCGCUAUAUUUCCGGUUCCGCACGAGUGCCAUUUUAUCCUUUUCUGGUUCGGGUCUCGUGAAGCGGCACGAUGCAGAUUUUUGUGAAGACACUGACCGGGAAGACCAUCACUUUGGAGGUUGAGCCCAGCGACACCAUUGAGAAUGUCAAGGCCAAGAUCCAGGAUAAGGAGGGGAUCCCCCCAGAUCAGCAGCGCUUAAUCUUCGCUGGGAAGCAACUGGAGGAUGGCCGUACCCUGUCUGAUUACAACAUCCAGAAAGAGUCAACUCUCCAUCUGGUGCUACGUCUGAGAGGUGGCGUUUUGGACCCAUCCCUCCGCAUUCUUGCUCAGAAAUACAACUGCGACAAGAUGAUCUGCCGCAAGUGCUACGCACGCCUCCACCCUCGUGCAUCAAACUGUCGUAAAAGUAAAUGUGGCCACACAAACAACCUGCGCCCCAAGAAGAAGCUGAAGUAAACACUGGGGCAGUUGGUACCCUGUCUAAAUGCUCACGUUUGUGCUAAAUAUCCAAUAAAAGCGCACAUUGCAUUUG